UUUUUGUUUUUGUAUCAAACUCAAUGGGGUACACCUUUUUCGUUCAAGCACUACGUUCCUUGAUAUAGGAGAAACGUGAAACAGUAAAAAAAAGGUUCACCGUGACCUGAUAAUAAGUGCAAUCUGCGCUUGUGCAUUGGUGUUCGUCAAUUCCCUCUAUUUUUUCAUCUGCACGUUUCUAGUGUUUCCAUGUGGAAAAACAUAUGUCCGAAAGCAGCGAAGGCACUUCUCGAAAUAAAGAAGACGAAGACGUUCGAUGCACGGGCAACGGCCACGAGCGCUGGUACCGAAGCCCUAGACCCUCACGUCCACCGAGCGAGGUACAAUACUGCGUGCAGGCCGACGUUCCAGAGAUUUCGUCUUUCGCAGCGUUCAACCUGGCACCGCUCGAGCACCGCGGUUGAUGAUGCUGAUGAACCUGAGGCGCCAGCGAUGUUCCAAAGAAAGCGUCUGCGAUGUCGGACCAUGGAACAGCCGCAAGCGCAAGUACGCCGCGUGCUUCGUCGGCAGCUGCCCCAGCCAGUGCCUGUCGGUCAACCAACUCUCUUCGAACCUGCGCUACCACUGGAUCAUCCUGAGCCAUCGCCGGGUGAACCACGACAUGUCGUGCAUGAGCAGCACGGCCAAAGGCUACUUCCUCCUCGCGGAGCGUCCUAUAUGGAACGAAUUUCCGUCGUUCAUCAACUUCGAGCUACGCGAAGUCCGUUUUGGAGAGCUGGCCCUGGCGUGUCUGCGCAGUCGCCUGGUUUCCGACGUGUUCAACAUGCAACACCGGUACUUGUUCGGGCUGGUCCACUGGUUGCUCAUGAAGCACUGCUGCAUCAAGUUCGUGGAACUGAGCGAGUCGCACGUCACCCACAAUCACUUCCUCUUGCUGCGCGACUUCUGGCUGAGCCGCAACCUGGGCAACGUCAAGCUCAGCAGCUACCGCUCGGACGACUACCUGCCAAGGGGCCUCUUCGACGCGCUCCGCUCCGCGGUCACCACGCUCGACACGCUGGAGCUCAUGAGCAUGCGCUUCUACGGCUUGCAAAUGCUGUGCGAGAUGCUCGGCAGGCGCAGAAGCAGCGACCUUCUGCGCGAGUACGCCGCAUACCUGCUCGGCAGAUGUCCCAUCCUAUGCCUGCCGGUCAACCAACUCUCUUCGAACCUGCGCUACCACUGGAGCAUACUGAGCCAUCGCCCGGUCAACCACGACAUGUCGUGCAUGAGCAGCACGGACAACGGCUACUUCUUCCUCGCGGAGCGUCCUAUAUGGAACGAAUUUCCGUCGUUCAUCAACUUCGAGCUACGCGAAGUCCGUUUUGGAGAGCUGGCCCUGGCGUGUCUGCGCAGUCGCCUGGUUUCCGACGUGUUCAACAUGCAACACCGGUACUUGUUCGGGCUGGUCCACUGGUUGCUCAUGAAGCACUGCUGCAUCAAGUUCGUGGAACUGAGCGAGUCGCACGUCACCCACAAUCACUUCCUCUUGCUGCGCGACUUCUGGCUGAGCCGCAACCUGGGGAACGUCAAGCUCAGCAGCUACCGCUCGGACGACUACCUGCCCAGGGGCCUCUUCGACGCGCUCCGCUCCGCGGUCCCCAUUCUGGACACGCUGGAGUUCAUGAGCAUGCGCUUCUUCGGCUUGCAAAUGCUGUGCAAGAUGCUCGGCAGGCGCAGAAGCAGUGUCAGUUUUAGUGUCCUUUAUCCAAAUCUCUCGUAAUGUCCCUUAAUACUGGACGUCCCGAUCAUGCGGCGCAGCAUGCACCUUAUAUGGCCUGUGUAGUUCCCUAGGCGGCGCACCAUGCAGCUUGAGCCCUAAUAUUCGCAUGCGAGCGGCCGGCAUUCCACAUCCCUUCAACCCAACUCGGAAGGCAAUCGAUGCAGCAACUCCAAUUUCCCCCCGUUUCCUCCUUAAUUUUGCUUUUUGCUUCGCCACGUCUCCUGAACACUAGUACUUCCAGAUACACAGUGGACUAAGGCGUGGCCUGCGCUCGGGUCAGCGUAUACGUAGACGCGUGAAGGGCGCAGACGCUCCGCUUAGGCUUGUGGCAAGCACAUUGACGAUUGGGGAGGCACGCGGCUGACUUGGCGAGUGCGGUGUUCAUUAUGUUGUGGUCGCUUGCUAAAUAAUGGCGGUGUCUUACCAGUUAUUUAUGA